AUGGAUCUGCUGCACUACGAUGAGGACAUAUCGGCUAACAGCUACUACCAGCGACUCCUGAGCGAGCACUUUAGCAUCCUGGAAACUGCCACCGUCGAAGGAUGGAUCGUAUGUGUACCCCGGACCGGGUCCUUUAGUGAGCACUGUCUGGUGGAUCAGGAGUUUGCGCUUGCUCACAUACUUGUCCCAAACGAGGAACUGUCGGAGACGCACUUCUUCAACCUGAACUUCUUGCAACUGCAGCUGGAUGAGAGGGCGCUCGUGUUCGGGGGCGUCCGAGUGCGCAUCCUGUUCGAGGAGAUAUUCUACCGGGAUGGGCUGAAGUACAAGGUUUGGUGUGUGGAGCGGCCACUACACGACAUGAAGAAGUAUGGUGCACACGCAGAAGACGACCUACCACUCGGGCGGUUCCUUACGGGGAUCAGCAGUCUCACGGAGGCAGUCGAGUUCAUUCGGACGGCCGCCAAGAAGAAGGACAUCUUUGGCAAAAUGGACGCUAAAGUGCAGCAGUUCGUGCGAACGAACGGCGAGUUCGGGAGGUGGCAAUUCGACGAGCAGAAGGCCGCAGUAAAGAUGAUCUACGUCGAGUGUUUGGACUUGAUUCUGCAGAAUCGCAAGCUGAAGGAUCGAUGCCAGCGAGACAUGGUGCUGCGGCGGAACGUUAAGGUCGCCAUCGAGACGUACGUGAUGGACAAGCUGUACGAUCACGUGAAAAGCGUCAUCGACGUGUGCCGGGCGGAGCAAGCGGAAGCAUUUAACAGAACGCUACGCAACCUGGGUGAUGUACAUUGCACCGAAUUUGAGGUGGCACAACGCUACGGUGAGUUGGUUCCACUGGCAAAGAAGGAACUCGCUCGCAUCGAACAAGCCCGCACGGUGAUCGACAAGAUUGGCUGCUUGCACAAGGUGAUGGAAGUACUGACGAAAGGAGCAGACCUCACUGGUGGGAGGUGUACGUUGACAAUGGAUGACCUAGUGCCGUUGUUCAUCUUUCUCAUCCUGAAGUCGGGCCUGGCACACUGGAUGAUGACCAUCACGUUUCUGAAGGAGUUCCAGUUCAAUAAUGUCUUCCGUGAGCAGCGUAUCGAGACAGGCGAACAUGGCUUUCUGAUCGCGACACUGGAAGCAGCGAUCGUGUACAUCAGCUGUGGCAGCAUUGCCCGGACACAGAGACUCGGCGUCAAUCUGGAUCCUCCCGGUCCGACCGAUCACCGGACGUCUGAGUGGGAGUUUCGGAAUGCGGACGAUUUUCUCAACUACUUGCUCACACUGAUGCGCAAUGAUGACGAGUCGCGGGUGGUGGAAUUGCUGCAGGACAUCACCAACAAUCAGGCACUGCUGUGUAGCGGUCCCACCGAAGCAGGCUACUACUAUAUGCCCUCGAUCGACGACCAGAAUAAGCAUGGCCAGUCGGCGAUACAUCUUGCGGCUAUCCUGGGCAAUGCAAAGUUGCUGACACUCAUCCUGUCGCUCCAGCCGAAUGUGAACGCCGUCGACGCAAAGAACUGGACCGCGCUGCACUACGCCGCAGCGAAUGGGCACCAGAAUCUGCUACUGUUGCUGCUUCAUGCCGGAAUCAACAUUAACAGCACCAGCAACGAUCUACACACAUCGCUCCAUUUAGCGUGUCUAAAUGGCCACAGUGGAUGUGUAAAGGCGCUGCUGUACUUCUCCGAGCAUAUGCGCAUCUACGUCGACGUUAAUGCGGCCACCGAGCUGGGCCACACGCCGCUGCACUAUGCGGCCAAGUGGGGAUUUCUGGACAUUGUCGAAACGCUGCUCGAAUACGCGGCCCGGGUUGAAGUGGUGAACAAGCUGGGUGCGACUCCGCUGCGUUAUUCACACAAUGUUCGCAUUACGAAGCUUCUGCUAGAGGCGAUGCAUGAUCAGCGACGUAACGCUCGUGGAGUCCUUGGUCGUGAUCACCAGAAUGCGAAAGGACCGAUGCGCCACACAGCGUACUACCUGGCGGAUGAAUAUGGCCGCUCUGAUGACGAGACAGGAGACAUCCGGGAACAGCGCACGAUAGAGGAGAUGAAGCGCAUCGAAAAGGCACUCGAGGCGAUCGCUGCGCAGGACACUAAGUUGGCAUGCGUGUACCUUGGUCUGGGUGAUGGUUCGUGCCGGAAACCCGCAGAUCAAGACCACCGAAAUUACUCCACGCGGGCUACGAACUACGCGUCCACCGACGACGAAAAGCUUUGCCACCCGUUGUGCACUUGCAACCGAUGUGUACGGAAAUCGUCCGAGUUCUACAAUCUGCUGCGCAAUCCGUUUGGUACGUCUGCAAAAUCGUCCGACGUGUCACCGACCGCGAGACAAGGUGUCAAUUUGAACGCCGUCAAUGGCGAAGGUUACACGGCGUUACACGUUGCAGCAAUGCACGGAAAUGUGGAAAUGGUACGACUGCUGCUAGAGCAACAGGUUAAUCCCACCAUUCGGCUCAAGACCGGUGCAACGGCGUUGCACUUGGCGACACGUGAGCGAAGGUUGCGGAUUGUACGGAUGCUGCUCAGCCGGUGCCAUAGUGCCGACAUCGUGGACCUGAAGGAUAGCCGCGGAGAUACGCCGCUACACUAUGCAGUCGAACAGAACAAUCUGCAGCUGGUGCAGAUGCUGCUGGAUUCUGGUGCGGACCGUAGCAUACGCAACCUGCAAGGGAAACGACCGAUAGACAUAGCGAAAGAUAAUCUAUACUUUAACGUAGUUAAUCUGCUCGAACAACGAUAGCUGUAGCUUUCGCCGGAGAGGUUGCUGAAUGCAUUCAGUGUACUAAUGUAAAUAUAUGCGGAUAAUAAAUGUUUAAGCAUUGCACAAGACCAUUUUUGUCCGUCAUGCCUUUUUCUUACGCAUACAAAAGUGCUUGAAGAUUGCAACAAUGAUGACUUCUCUGCAGGUGGAUUGAAAGAUGCAAAAACGUACCCACCGUUUCUAAUACAAAAACGUUUGCAUGGGUUUGGAAUGCAAUUUUCCGAUGGUUUUAAUUUAUUUCCUUUAUCUUCUUCCGAGUAAGA